UCAGCCUAGUGACCUAGGAUUUUCGAAUCCAACCAUAGCGCUAGACUACUCGUCUCGCUUCCAUUCGAUUUUGAAGGAGGACAUUACAGGCUCAAUCACAGGGCGAUUACCUUGUUGUGAGUAGGCCCGUUGAGCAGUGGAAUGCUUUCAAUCAAGAGCAGAUUGCUGUUCCCUAGUACCGUUUUCAUUUGACAAGCAGAGGUCUUCACGAGUAGCACGAUCUCGCUAGUCUUUAGAGCCUUCUAUAGUCUGUAUCAAAUCUCCUGGCCCCCACUAAUCUUAGUCCCACUUAGCGCGUGCUCCUAUCAUGUCGGCCAUCACACUAUUCGGCGUCACCUUUUCCCUGGCAGCCAUCAUCGGAAUAGGCGCGGGAAUUCUCGCGGUCGUCCUCAUCGUGCUCUUCCUCCUCACCUGCUGCUGCUGCUACAUGUGCCGAGGCCGCAACCCGAAGCGGCGUCGAUUAGACGAGGUAGCUCCAGCACCCCUGUACCCCCCAGCCAUGACCGCCGCAGGACCCGGCGUGUACGCCAAGGGCAUGGGCCCACGAGGCGCGCUAACACCAGGGCCGUAUCCGCACAGCCUCUCGCAUCAUCAGAUGAUGAGCGGCACGGAGAUGCUUCCCCCGCGCUACAUCCCUCCGCCCUCGCCCGCCGCGCUCAUGCAGAGCCCCAUGAGACCGCUGCUCGGCGCACCGCCCUCCGCGGGGAAGCCCGGCGCGGGCGCGCAGGAGGAGGGCGUGGUGGCCAAGUGGGAGAAGGACCUGCGCGCGGGCAUGUUCCGCAAGGUGGGGUUGGCGGAGGUGGAAGCGGCCACGGGGAAGUUCAGCAAGCGCGCGUUUCUCGGGGAAGGCGCGUUCGCCGCAGUGUACAAGGGGCGGAGCCCGUCCGGCGUGCCGUGGGCAGUCAAGCGGUCGAAGCGGCGACUGACGGAGGGAUCAGCCGGCGCGGGCGAUUUCGAGAACGAGGUGAUGAUGAUUUCGCGACUGUCGCACAAGAACCUCGUGCGGCUACUGGGUUACUGCACGGAGGGCGGCGAGCACAUCCUCGUCUACGAGUUCGCCGAGAACGCCACGCUCUCGCGCGCGCUGAGCCGCUCGCAGCCGCCGUUCCUGUCGUUCGCGCAGCGGCUGGAGAUCGCGGUGGGCACGGCGGAGGGGCUGCACUACCUGCACAACGCGUCGUCGCCGCCCAUCGUGCACCGCGACAUCAAGCCCGACAACAUCCUGCUGGACGCGCACCUGCGCGCCAAGGUCGCGGACUUCGGGCUGCUCAAAAACAUCAUGGAGGGCGGUGGCGCGGGCGAGGCCGUGUCGUCCGUGUACACGCGCGUGGCGGGCACGCCCGGGUACCUGGACCCCGAGUACCACUGCACGUCCAAGGUGACGGUGAAGGGCGACGUGUACAGCUUCGGCGUGGUGCUGCUGGAGCUGUUCACGGGCCAGCGCGCCAUCAUGAUGAACAGCCGCAAACCCGGCGGCGGCGACGGCGCCAACCCCGUGCACAUCUCGCAGUGGGCCGCGCCGCUAGUGGGCGCAAAGGCGCUGGACGAGCUGGCGGACCCCAAGAUGGGCGGGGAGUUCGAGCCCGCCGUGUUGCUGCGCGCGCUCGAGAUCGCGCUGCAGUGCGUGCGCCCGUCGUCGAAGCAGCGCCCCGACAUGGGCGCGGUGGUGCGCGGACUGGCGGAGCUGCGCGAGCAGAUCAUGGCGCGCGACGAGCCCCCGGAGACGUUCGUGGAGGACCACGCGGUCGGGCUGGACGACGACGACUCGGACGCGGAAGGGGAAGCGGAGCAGGGACGGGCGGAGGGAAGCAUGCGGGAGGGGGAGGAAGUGGGUGUGCCGUUGCAAGAAGGUUCGCAGAGACUGGCGGAAGAGAGCGACGAUGAGAGAGAGGAAGGGGAGGCGGCGGACCGGUUCAGUGGCGCGGCGGACGAGGAGCAAGGGCUGGUUGCGGGGAGCUACCGCGGCAGUGACAUAAGCGCCGCACCCAGGCAACUGUCGGGCCGGCGCACUGCUUCAGGCCGGAGCGGGGUGGAAGGUUCGGGAAGGAACCUCGGGAGUGGCGUGGGCGCGAGCUCGUCUGGUAGGAGGACGGAGGGGGGGGCAAGCAGCGUGAAGUACAGUGCGGGCGCGGAGACGGAUGAGUCGGAGGAGGAGAGGGCCAACGGAGAGGAUCCCAGCGCCGUGCAGUGUGGGGUGGAGGAGGCGGUGAAUGCGAGGGCGAGCUACUACGACAGCGGGUUCGUGUACCCUGUGGGUGCGUUUGGGAACGCGUACGACAGCGGGUGGAUGCCCCCGCAUGGCGCCGAGGGGAGCGGCAACCGCGGGGAUGAGGGCGAACGAGCAGGCAGCCACGUGGUCGUGAACAUGUCGACAGCUGGCAGGCGAUGAUUGGGACUGGGAGUUAAGGGAUCUUGUAGGGAGGGCCCUAGCUGACAAAGGGCGAGUAGUUGAUGCGGCGACAGUAGCUGAUAACGGGGGAGUAUCUGAUGAGGAUGCUUGGGGGUCAAGAGGUGAAGGGUAGAUAGGAGUGAGGCAACUUUGCUCCGCCCAUGGGCAGCUACUGCUGCUGCCAAGGAGACUGGUGGUGAGUGUGCUGUGCUGGUGUUGUUGCAGGCGAGCUGAGGAGCGGAGAUACUACGGUGUCUUGUGGCGCGGAGGGAACUCGUGCUGCUGUGUCAGCUGGCUGCCAUUCUGACUUGUGUUGUUUGUGCUCUUCCAAGCAGCGACUUAGGCUGCUUUCUGUUUUGCCUUCCAUUGCCCCCAUCCUCUCCUCUCCCUUUCCCCAAUUGCUGACCCCAUCCCCUCUUCGCCUAAUUCCACUGUCAAAAACUAUUUAUCGAUUUUCAUUGGUAUCGAUAUGUAUGUAUCAGUCCAAUCCGUUGUAAGGACGUGGA